AUGUUCGUGUUGAUUAUGACAGCUUGUGCUGCGGCCCUUUUCCAGGUUGGUUUUGGUCAAUUCACGUCAGAUUUGAGACAAUAUUUACGGAGAUUUUUUUUGCAAAAUAACUUGAAAAAACAGGUUCAGAUUGCAGUGUGAGGAUUAUUGUCUCAAGCUAGUGGUGAAUUAGUUUUAAUUAUCUAUUUUUGGUUUCUCUUUUACCCCGAAUAUUCGCAUCAUGAGGAGAAAAAGUUAUUUUUUGAAACUUAGUUUUGUUUAUGAAAGUUUUGAAUCGCAAUGUUUUUUUCUCGCUUUAUUCCUUAUUAUUUAUCAUUUUUCUAAGCAUCUUAAAAGUGUGAACGCCCAAAUGAACCGUGAAACUUUGGUUUGAAGUUUUUUUAAUAUUUGAUUUUGCACUCUCAGCUCUGAACUUCUUUUUUGGAACUCGCAUUCAAAAUUUUUCAAAUCAGUGCACUUUAAAUUUACUUGCUUCAAGCUUCACUUACCAACCCCAUCGCUGCCUUUUUUCCUUUGCAUGAUAAUUUCGAAUUCACUUUCUAUUAUCCAAUCUUCUUCAUAUUAAAAACUUGCGCUCGUUUGUUAUAUACGCGUGUCAGCGCAUCAAAAAGUUGAACUUCAUAAAAGUUUUAUGUGUAAAAUGGAGUGAAAUGGCAAAUCAAGGAGAAACUUUUUACAGGGUGCCGUGGCCAUCCACCGUGAAAUGUCUCCCACCGAACUCCGUCAUUUUUUCGGUACGAGCGACAAAGGAAAAGGUUAGUUGCGAGGAAUCCCUUAAAGAAUCUUCCCGUUCGUACGCACACUGUUCUUUUUGCAAGUCGUUAAGCUUCCUUGAAUAGAACGGCGAACAUCCAUGAGAAUGAGGCAUAUCGAGAAUGUCUCUGAAAAACAGAUGACCAAAGAAGCUCACAACAAAAAAAGCUUGUCACAGUUUAUUUUAAAGUAUUAAUGGGCUCUUUUAAAUGAUCUUAAACUUAAUUGAAAAUAGUUUGAUUCGAUCCGCCUGAUCUCAAUGAUUGUAAGUAGUCGUGACCACUACGAGAGUUUUAAAUUUCAUCAAGUUCUCAGUUAAAGAUAGAUGACCUUGCGGGCGUUUCUAAAACAGUUUCAUAAGAAAGUUUCUUGAUCACUUAAGUUUUUUUAAGUUUUCGUUUCAUCGCUUGUUACUGCGUGAUUUUUUUCCCCGUCAAAGCUGACCAGCGACAUAAUUUGUCAUCUAUUAACUUUACAACAGAUUUCUCUCUUAGAAGGUGUUGAUCCGAUAGUGUAAGUGCCAUUUCGUCAUCCUCCUCAACGGGUUGCAACAAGGGUAGCAUAAUCGAUUUUUCGAAGUUUUUCAGCUUUUGCUUUCAUUCAUAUCGAAACAUUUUUUUCAGUUCCGGAAUAUUUCUUGGAUAAGCCGGUGAGGACAGACGCCGAUGAUGGAACAUUCUACUACAAUGUUACUUUUUCCGAUCGCUCUGUACAGUAUUUUUUGAGAAGGCGGCAUGAUUUGUUUGCAAAAGGUUUUGAGCAGGCUUUUAUCAUCAUAUGUAUCGUAUUUUCUCAACUCAAAAUACCAUAAAAUCACAUAUAAUCGGUCAUAAUCCUGUUUUGUGCAGACUUAAAAAAACGAAAUCCCCAUUUUUUUUAUACAGUUUUCAUAUCUCCGGUUAGAAAGUUCAUAUCUUAAAAAUGUAAUUUUUGAACCGAUCGGAACCAUGAAAAAUAUUCAUUCAGACUUUUUUCAGAUAUCUAAAGAAAAUUCCUUGACACUUAAAUAAAGUACCUUUUUUGCAACAGCUCCACGUGAGAGUUUUUAAAUAAAACAAGUAUAGUAAAGUAGGAACUGGCAACAUGAACUUUUUGAUUUUCAGAGUUCCAUGUUGUUCUUCGCGAUGAGUCUCCAUCAAUAAGUUUGCAUCUGCCAGUUGCCGAUUGCGUUUACGAAGGAGAAUCAGUUAGUCACGAUGGAAUGAGGAUCGCCUUAGCUGGAUGUGGCAACAACCUGGUUGAUCGUUUCGAACGGAUGAAUUUAUGUUUUGGGUUCAGCAUGGCAUGGUGAUAACACCUGAAGGGGAAUAUCAUUUAAUCCAGCCUCAUGCUCGUUCAGGACAUCACGUCAUACACAAAAGGAGUUUAGACGAAAUGGAGCAUUCUUGUUUAUUCGGUAUAUUUUGAUAUUAUAAGCAUCAUAACUUUAUCGCCAUCCUGACUUUCUCAAACCCCCACCUUAAGUAUAAAAGUUUGUUUGAAGCUCCCAGUGAAACUACUUUCCUUCAAAUUUAGAAACUCGUUCCUUACCACCUGAUAAAUCUAUUUCAAGAACCGGAAAAUGAUCCGUACCCCGAGGACAGAGCUGAAAGCGCAAUGAAAAGCACUCUGAUGCGGCUCGUCAAAGACAUCCGACGUUCGGACUACAGGUUUUUCAUUCGAAAAACACAUUUUUGGUUAUCAUUGUCACGAUAACUUUAUAGAAAAGACAUUUUGACAGUUGAAUUGGCCGUUUUCACUGACGAUGCAAUGUGGCAACAUUUUCGAAGAAUGUAUGGCACCGAGGCGGAAGAAAACAUGCAUACUUUCAUCAUGGCAGUCGUUAACAAUGUACAAGGAUCCAAAAUAUGAAAAACAUAAUAGUUUUACAGAUUGAUAUUUUGUAUACCCAGAAGACGAUACAGCCACGAAUUAACAUCAAAAAUAGUUCGUUACGAAAUUUUUAAAAAGCGAUCCCGGUAGGAAAAAUUUUUAAUUUAAUAGUUAAUCUGAUGAUUUGAGAGCGCAAUGUCGGCUAGACAACAUCUUUCUGGCAACGUCGAUAAGCUGUUGGACGCUUUUUGCCAGUAUCAACACGACAUCAAUCCUCCGCACGAGUCUGAUCCGAGACAUUGGGACCAUGCCCUCUUAUUUUCAGGGUAACAGAUUUUGUUCGUUGCCCUUUUCAGAAGUAUAUCAAAAGUAUUUUCUAACUGGAAAACUGGUGGUGAGCGAACACUUUUUAUAAAGAAGAGUCGUUUAACCCGGAACUUCAAGAAACCUAAGUUUGCCCAACCAUCUAUUAUAAGAAUAUGAAUGAUUUUGUGCUAAAUUUAGAGCCGAUCUCACUUGUUGAGGGAGUUAAUUAGGCAUCGACCAUUUGAAAAAAAUUCUGCAGUUCUGGUCUUCGCUGUCAGAAUGCUUCCUAUUUUUACUUUUUUUGCAGAAUCCUGAUGUCUUUUCUCAGUUUCAUUCUGAAAAUAUUAUUAAGAUAUGACUUAUACCGAGAUGGAAUGAGAACCGUAGCUGGCUAUGCUCCAGUGAAAGGAAUGUGCAGCGGUGUUCGUUCUUGCACCAUAAAUGAGGGGCUCGAUUUCGGCAGCGUUUUUGUUGUAACGCAUGAAAUGGGCCACAGGUUGAUUUUAUGGUUUAAUUCUCACCAAUUACGAGCUUCAGCUUGGGUAUGUAUCACGACGGGGACAAUGAUUGUGAUUUGCGAUGCUGUAUAAUGAGCCCAUCGGUUGGGACAGGCAAAACUCACUGGAGCCAUUGCUCUGUCAGCGAAAUGUCCACUUUCGUUGGAGUACGUUUUCUCUUCGGAAAAUUUUUAAAACUUCAUUCAUUCUCAGCACUUGGGUGACGACUUCCGCGCGCCAAAUUGUCUUCGAGACUCACCCACCUCUGAGCAGCCAGCGAUGAUGUUCAAGGUUAUCCAGAAUUUCGGGAUUCUUUUUCUGAAUAUUUUUAUUUCAGGAUAAAGAAAAUCCAGGGCAACUGUUCACGCUAGACGAGCAGUGCGAGAUAUUUCAUGGAGAAUGUUGGAAGCAUGAGCUCAAAGAUGGUCAAAAGCUCCAGGUAUCCUAAAAAAAAGUGUACAGAACAGUCAAUAAGGGGACGUCUCAUAAUGGAUCUCACGGGAGUUGUUUUCAUAGGAACUCAUAAGAUAUUGCACGGAAAGUCUUCGAGGUCUUGAUAUAUCCUCCGUUAUCAACAAAAAAUCCAAAUCUGCGAAUGUGGUUCCUUAGAGCUGUUUCUGGGUCAGGCUUUAUCCUUUUUGAAAGUUCCCCCAAUCAUCAACAUUAAUAGAGCUGCAUCUGCGUCUAAAAAGUUUAUUUCUCGAUUUCAUGCAAGGCACUUUUUCCAGAACGUUUGCUCGAUGGUUUGGUGUGGAAAUGGAGAAGGAAUAAUCAGGACGGCUCAUCCAGCACUCGAGGGAACUUAUUGUGGUUUUGGAAUGGUUGGUGUAAAACGAAAAUCUGACAAAAAAUGUUGAGUUGAGGUUUGUCAUCAAGGACAAUGUGUAGGAACAAACAAGUACAUGAGAGUAGCGUCAGGAGGUUGGUCUGCUUGGAACGACAGGCCUUCGUCAAGUUGUGGUGGAACCUGCACACCCUGUGAAAUCCGUGGCCAAAUCCGAGUGAUUCGCAGUAUCAGACAGUGCAACAAUCCAAGGUUUGUCGAAAAUUACGAGAAUUGGUGGAUAUGAUUUGCUGAUUCGACUGAAAACUCAAAUAAAAGCUAAAUGUCUCCUUGUGACUAAAAUAGCUCGAUUACAAUUUUCUUUUGCGUUGGGGCAGAAAGCUUCUUCAGAAAAUCUUCCUCACUGUUUCACUGACCUCUUUCCAUUGAAAAAUAUUUCGAGGCUAUCCGAGUGUAAAUUACCAGAAGAGAUAAAUAUUUUGCAGCCCAAACAACGGCGGCGCGCCAUGCUACGGAGAUGAAGCAAGGGGGAUCCGCUGCGGGAAAGAGGUUUGUGUUUAUAAUCGAAAAAGAAACGGAAAAAUUGAGUCGUUUCACUGGUAAUUCCCUAAAUUGAAAUGUUUGAAGUGUUCGAAAUCUCACAAACUCCCAAGAAAAUUUCGCUCGAAGUAUCAAGUAAUGUUACCUUUUUCAUUACUGCAAUUUUGACUCUGUGAAUUACUAUAGUAAUGCAGGGAAAACCAAUUCUGAAAUGAUUUUGUUCUCAAAACUAUAAUAGGUGUGCAAUGGAGACUCCAUCGAAAACUUUGCAACUCGUACCUGUUCAAAACUUCGCGAUGAAAAUGCGAUUCCCAACACGCAACUGUCCGGUCAAGGAAUUCAGUUUGAACAGGCGCUGUGUAAAAUUUGGUGAGAGACCUCAGUUUCACAAUUCUUCUACUCGUCUUUUUUCAAUUCCAGGUGUCUGAUCGCAGGUUCAAAUAACAUUCGAACGGUUUCCAACUUCCCUGACGGCACGCCUUGCGGUGGAAACAGAUACUGCAUCAAAGGAGAGUGCAGAGUAAGGAAAUAAGCAGUUUUCCUGUUUUGAUUUAUAUGAGAUUUUUAAAUAUUGAAAAAGUAUGGUUCCUGAUAGAAACUUAAGAAACUUAAAAUUUUAAUGAUUACCGGACUGAAUGAUUUCACAGUGCGUUCCGGCCAAAACGAUCACGUUUCCGAAACAGCCGAAAAAAAGCAAUUUUAGAAACAGCUGUUUUUCUGCUCGUUCGCUUUAAAAAACUGCAAAAGAGCAAAAACAGAGGUUUUGAGGCGAAGAUGGUCAAAUUUGAUCUAAUUUGGUAUACGGUCUUUUUGCCGGAAAGUUAAACGUGACAAGUUGGCGUGGAAUAGACUAUACAUGCAUUCACCGCUGGUUUGAGGCAAAAUUUGAUGAGAGACUUUACAUGAUUAUAUGAAUAAGAGCGAAAAAUAAAAAUUUAUGAGUAUUUUUAGCACCAAAAACCAAGUUAUUGCUUUUUGUUACUAUUUGUCAUCCUUUUGCAGCCAUUGCUGUGCUCUGGAACAACUAUUACGAGUUAUGAGUCACAGUGUGCUCAGAGCACCAAGAUGCUACCAACUCCAGCUCAACCAAAGAAGACGAACUCUUACAAGGAACAAAAGAAAAGUUAGUCAAAAAUUGUGUUCUCAAGAGCGGCUGUUUUCAGUACCUUUCCUGAACGAAUGGUCAGGCUGGUCAGCAUGGUCGGAUUGCAUCAGUUACGACUGUCGUGAGUGAAAGUUUGGAAAUGGUUUGACCAAAACCCCCUUAGGCACUGCUGGACUGAAAGUCCGAGUUCGAAGAUGUCUAGCUGGAACUUGCAUAGGAAGUUCGAAGGAAAGAAUGCCUUGUUACCGACCUUGCACAGGUUCCUUAUUUUAUUUUUCAAGACCGGCUCAAAAAAGCUUUAUUCAGAUCCAGGAAAUUUUAUUUGUAGUAGAAAGUUAGAAACUUCUUUUUCUGCCUGAAAUUACCUUGUUAGUUGAAAAAAUUGGCUUUUGAGGUGAUUAUUUUAAAAAUUUGGAGGGAAAUAUGACAAUUUUUAAAGCCAAAACUUUGAUGCGUAGCCACAUGCUUUCAGAGAACUGUUCUAGACUUUCAUUAAUGCCCUAUUUCUGUUGAACAAAAACUCUAAACUUUCGUUUUUUGUUUUUGAAAGCAAAUGUGUUUCAAUGUCUAUAAAUUUAGAAACAGAAACAGCGACGACGACGAUAGCCCCACAACAAUCUUUCGGAAACCGAUUCAUUGCUCCUUUCCCUAACGGUGGGUCUUGAAAGUUUUUUCGAUCGUAAUAAUUGAGUUUCAGGAGGAGGUCGACCGGUAACGGUGAAGAAAGUACCAGGACCAAUGAAAACGCAAGUUAAGAAAAGCUGAGACAAAAAAUGAGUCAUUUCAGAGGCGAUUGGGGAUUAUGGUCUGGCUGUAGUACGAGCUGUGGGCCAGGACAAAAAAUAAGAAGGAGAAACAAUUGCGUGAGAGGUUGAACUCGAUACGAAAACAUCCGUGAUCUUCUCAGUUACAGAUUGCACCGAAGUAGCUGUUUGUAGUGUGGCUGAAUGCAGCGAAGGAUGGACGGAAUGGAGCGACUUCUCGCAGUGCAGCAAAUCUUGUGGUGGAGGGCUUCAGACACGCAAAAGAGCCUGUUACGUCUCUUUCUGCAGAGGAAAGGACAGUGAGGUCAAGAGGUGUAUGGAACAGGUUGGUCUUUUGGAACACUGUAUGUUUGUUACAGUAUGAACCGGAUGGUACUAACUUGCAGUGGAACGUCUGGGUGAUAUUUAGAUCAUUAAUUUUAACUGAGAUGUGAAAAGUUCAACUUUUCCAGUUUUUGGACACAUUGGGAAAAGUGGAUUUCUUAGAAAAGGGUUGAAAAAGAGGACUAUAGUAUCUAGCUAAACAUGACUCUGAUUAGAGAAUUUUUCUGAGCUUUUCUUUGAAAACUUUCACGCAGUAACUUCUUUGAGAUAAGUAUGAAGCAUAUCAGCCUUGGUUAUAGUCUUUUUCCGGAAUCCUCACUAUGAGUUCAUAAAAUGCCGCGAUAAUUCAUAAAGACUUUUUCAAACUUCAGGACUGCGCUCAUAGAACUCACUUUGAAAGAAACGGCUCGUGGACCGCUUGGUCAGCUUGGUCCAGUUGUACGACAAGAUGUGGUUAUGGCAGUCGAACAAGAAGACGAAGAUGCUAUCAAGGUGUUUGCAAAGGUAGUUCUUUCCAAGUUCAAUCCAUUCCUGUUUUCGAUUUAGGAACCGAAGAAGAACGAGAGUCUUGCCGUGGCACCGAGUGCAAAACUUAA